AUGCUUGUGUUUGGCCAGGAACGUGUUGAAGCACUGAAGGGCAGUUCAAAAUGGGAAACCGCAGAGGCAGAGGUUCGGUCGGGUGCGAACUUGGUGGCGAUUGUGAUUCUGUCCCGGGGAAUGUGCGGUCUCUCCAAAUGUGUCACUCGUUACCUGGUGGGAAUGGCAGUGGCCGAUCUCCUGGUCGUUAUCUCGGAUCCGCUGCUGAGGUGGACUGCAUCGUUUUAUUUUCCCCGAUCAUUCCUUUUCAUCACUCCUGUGUGCAGUCUCAGUGGAUGGCUGGUUUUCGCGAACACAGCGACCUCUGUCUGGCUGACUGUCGCUUUCACCGUCGAUCGAUUUGUAGCUAUUUGCUGUGAGAAGCUGAAAACAAAAUAUUGCACCGAGAGAACGGCGGCUGUGGUUAUCGGGACAGUGAGUGUGCUCACCUGUUUGGGCAGUGUCCCGUGGGGAUUUACAUACGAGCCUAUGGUACCAAUUGAUAAUGUUCCCUGGUAUUGCGGUCUUACAUCGAGUUUCGAAAACUCUCCCGCAUGGGCCGCAUUUGCAAUGUUUCACCGCAUUUUAACCCCUUGUGCCCCAUUUUUUCUGAUUUUGCUGUUCAAUAUACUGACUCUCAGGCGAAUUCUAGCAACCAGUCGAUCCCGUAAGGAGCUCCGGAGACAAAAGAGUGGAGAGAAUGAUAAGGAUCGGGAGAUGGAGAACCGUCGCAAAUCCAUCAUUUUGCUCUUCAGUAUAUCCGGUAGUUUCAUAUUGUUGUGGGGAACACAGGUGGUAUUUAAUAUCUAUCAACGGAUUUCAAUGAGUUUUGUUUAUUCUGUUACGGAUCCCCGUUACCUCGCAGAUGAGGUUUCAGCGAUGCUGCAGGUUUUCAGUUCCUGCACCAAUACUUGUAUUUACGGACUGACUCAGAGCAAAUUCCGAGAGGAACUAAAGAAUGCGGUGAAAUACCCAUUGGAUCUGAUUUUUUCUGAACAGAGCUAG